AUGUUGCGAGUCGCUGUUGAAGGCUGCGGUCAUGGCAGCCUGAAUGAAAUCUACGACGAGGUCACGCGCCAGGCCUCUCUUCGGGGCUGGACUGAUGUUGACUUGGUCAUCAUCGGUGGUGACUUUCAGGCGCUGCGCAACUCAUACGACGCAGUUUGCAUCUCUGUGCCCAACAGGUUCAAGAAAAUUGGGGACUUCCAUGAGUACUACAGUGGUCAUCGGAUUGCCCCUUACUUGACCAUCUUUGCUGGUGGCAACCAUGAAGCCGGCAACUACAUGUUCGAGCUCUAUUACGGUGGCUGGGUGGCCCACAACAUCUACUACCUGGGUGCUGCCAAUCUCAUUCGCUGUGGCCCGCUUCGGAUUGCCGGCAUGUCUGGCAUCUUCAAGCAAUAUGACUACAGGAAGCCCCACUUUGAGCGCCUUCCUUACAACCAGGAUGACAUCCAGUCCAUUUAUCACAUCCGCGAGAUCGAUGUACGCAAGCUGCUCCAGAUCCGCACUCAGGUGGACGUUGGUCUGUCCCACGACUGGCCUCGAGGCAUCGAGCACUUCGGAGAUAGCGAGGAUUUGUUCAAGCGAAAGAAAGGGUUUGGUGCAGAUUCGGCCAGCGGAAGGUUGGGCAGUACGCCUGCCAGACAGGUUCUCGAUCGGCUUCGGCCCGCUUACUGGUUUUCUGGUCAUCUUCAUGUCGAGUUUGGGGCAGUCAUGUCCCACUGUGGAGAUCCAAUUCGCAAGAUAGACCCCGCAAACAUCCCCGCAGGUGAGCCUGCAUCGUGGGCCGUGGAGGUUGAAAACAAGAAUGUGAAAUCCACGGUGCUGGCCGCUGCAUCCGGCAGCAUGAACGACCGCGUUGGUGCCUGGAACAACUUUUCCAACCACGCCCAGAUGUCUGAGCAGGAGCAUGCACAGAAAUUCUUCAAGAACACGGAAGAAGAACUGCUGAAAAGUCCUGUUUCAGUCCCACACAUGAAUGCCACGUGGAAGAAGGUUGAUAGCAAGAGGCAGGUGCUUGCUACUGAGCUCUCGCCGGAUAUUUUCGAGUCCAAGAAACAGAAGGUCGAGCCCAAUGCGCCUGUACAGAACAGUGACGAGAUCGAUUUGGACUUGAGCAGUGAUGAAGAGACUGAAACGCUCAAGAAACCGACCGUUCCGGUUCCUAACAUGGGCACUGAUGGUGCCUUUGAUGUUACCUCCGCUUCUCCCCAGCAGGAAACAAUGUGGCACGAGGAGCAAUCGCAGGAGGGCCAGCAAACGUCGCCCAACGAGUCCUCUAUCAUGGCUGACCAAGACUCGCCGCUGGCGCCAAGUGUGGAUCAAGACCUUCGAAGUCAGCUUCCAGCCAGCUUCGCUCGACCGCCUCCUCAGGUAAAGAGCACCCAGUCUCGCAAGGUCAGUGUGCCCGUGGAAGUUCGCAACACUGUCACCAAGUUUUUGGCGCUUGACAAGCCCCGCAACCGCGAUCAUUUUGUUCGAGUGCUCGAACUCAACCCAAUUUCAGCCCAAAGCAAUGUUCAGACCGAGCGUCCAUUUCGUCUCCAGUAUGACAAAGAGUGGCUGGCGAUCACGCGUGUUUUUGCCAAUGAGCUCGAGCUCGGUAAUCCCAAUGCCCGAACACCCCCGGAGAUGGAUGAGGGCGAAUACAAGAAACGAGUCAUUGAAGAGGAACAAUGGGUGGAGGAGAACAUUGUGAAGAAAGGCUUGAUGAACAUUCCCGCGAACUUCACCCGGUCUGCUCCGAAGUACGACCCUUCUGUUCCUAUCAGCACCACGGAAGCUCCCCCGGAAUACAACAAUAUCCAAACUGCCGAGUUCUGUGAGCUUGUAGGGAUUGAGAACAAAUUCUACUUGACUGAAGAGCAACGCCUCGCCCGGGUCGCUGCCGGACCGCGUCCCUGCCGGGAGAGGGCCCCAACAUUCAACCAGCAUGGUGGCCGUGGCGGUGGUCGCGGUCGUGGUCGUGGACGUGGCGGUCAGCACCGGGGUGCUUACAACUCUCGUGGCAGGGGUGGUGGUGGUACGGAAGUCCACCACCAGGACGUUGCCUGGUAA